AUGGGGCUCGCCCGUUUAUUCCGCAUUCCGCGGCCAGAGCUGAUUCAGACCGUCACUCUUCAGUCUUUUCUCUAUCUUAUGAGCCUCGAGACCGGUGCUUCCCUGAUUACAUUAUCGCUUCUCUUGAAUAAGAUCAGUGGUCUCUAUGGCCUCCUUGCCUUGUUGACCGGUUACCACCUCUCACCGGUACAACUAUCUAUGUACCUGUAUUCUCUCAUCGCCCUCGCUCUCGCCGCCAUUCUCUUCCCACACAUCCGAAAACAAUCUCCCCUCGAGUGUCUCGCGCUUGCUUGGCUAUACCUCAUCGACAGCUUGAUCAAUGCCGCCUAUACCGCCGCCUUUGGUGUGACCUGGUUCCUGGUCGUGUCGCAGGGUUACGACGGUGGCAAGGCCUCAGGACCAGGUAGCGAAACGAUGGCACAGACCGCCGGCUUUACCAGCCCCAAGUACGAUGCCGCUUACGUCGAGAUUCAGCCUACAAAGGAUGGAAACAAAUUUGUCCCCCACCCACCUCGCGGUACCGAUCACCUCAGCAACGUUGUCGCUCAACCCGAGAGCUUCCAGAGCAUCGUCUUCAUUUCGCUCCUCUGGGCCAUGCGAGUCUACUUCGUCCUGGUCAUGCUUGCCUUCGCUCGUGAGACCCUGCGCAUCUGGGUCGCCAUUCCCGACACACUCAACUUCCCACUCACAGUCGCAAUCCCCGAAGGUCAGGGCUGGAAGGGCAAACUGGGUCGCAUCAUGGUUGGAAUCGGUCACAGUUACUGGCUCGGCGAAGAGGAGGAAGGCAACUGGCUGGGUAACCUUGGCCAGAAGUUCCGUAGUCGUUCCCAGAACACCGCCAACGAGCUGCCGGGUCCCUUGGAGCGGGAGCGAAGACGCCGGUCGGGCACAGGACCUCCUCAACCAUCUCAGUCGAUUAUCCGCUCCGGUAUCAUUCAACAAUCUAUUCCUGAACAUCCGCCAAUCAACACCGGAAUGAACGUCAAAAUGCAGGACUGGCCUGAAUCUCGCUAA